ACCACAUGUCUUCUCCAACUUCCGUCACUCCCCCACCCCUCCCCACUGUUGCUGAAGGUGAGGGUCAGUGGAAGCGGAGAGUCUGAUUUCGUGGAGGUGGAGGUUGCUCCGCCCACCUACCCCGCCCUGGUCUCCGCCUGCUGUGAGGAGCUGGAGCUGUCUCCCUCCGACGUGGCCAAGAUCCGCAAGCUGCCCAACGUCCUGGUCCGCAAGGACAGAGACGUUCAGAGGAUGGCUGACGGGCAAGAACUGGAGGUGGUGCUGAAGGGAGAAGGUUCAAUUGGAGGAAGUUUGAUGAGCGUUAUAUCUCCACCAGCUGUCGCAGCCUCUUACCCCACAACUUCGGUGCUCACCGUUAACCCCUUUGCUCCUCCGACCACCGCCGUCCUGGCCCUGUCAAGCCAGGGUGUCCAUAUGCAAAGGGGAAGUCCCGUUGCAACUGCUGCCAUGGUAACCACAGAGGGUCUGGUGACCUUGAAAUCUGAUGAAAACGGGGCGGGCACAUCCAACCAUAUCUCCGGGAUGACGAGUGAUUCGGGCGAGGUCCAAAACCACACCCACAGUCACACCCACCAACCCGGCAUCGUAAAUGGUCUCCAGUAA